CUUUGUCAUUCCGCAAGGCUUUGCACCCCGCAUCACCUCAUGACCCUAUUCAUCUCCGCUCAAAAGGUGCUGCCACCAUCGCCUUUCGUUGGCCAGCUCCAUCCUCCCUCGCUCCACUGAGCUUCGGAUGGCGAGCUGCUUCAUCAUGUCCAACGUCGCCGCGCAGACGCACACUAGCUGGGCGCUACUACCAUGUCGGAUUUUGGAAAAUAUCGUUGGACAAGUGGCUCAGCACCACGAUGGUAGGAUCAGCCCACUGCUCUUCAUCUGCAAAGCGUUCAAUCGGGCCGCCUGCAACGUGCUGUACGCGGAAUUGGUCAUCGUAGACGAAGAAGACUUCGUGGCGCGACCUGCCAUACAUAGCAAGAUCGAAGCCGUCAUCCAGUACCACGCCUCUCUUGCCAAGUAUGUACGUCGACUCACCAUCGUCAGCCAAACCGCGCACCCACGAGUCGGCAGUCCUCGAGAUGCCGCCAACGACUUCCAGCCAGCAUGCAGGAGAAGCCUGAGCCCUGAGAGCUUUAUGGGCUUCCUCGCGCUUCUGCCCGCCCUCAAGGCAUUCAUAUGGUCCGUAGCUUCCGGGCGCCUCGCUGGUAGAGAUACUGACGAGCACGGAAUCACCUUUCCCAGGUCGACCGAUCGAGUGCCCUUUGCGUCGCUCUGCGCGUGUUUGGCAGUCACUGCCCGCCACCUGCAGACGCUGAUAGUACACCCUAUACAGCUGCAGACACCCGGAAAGCUGCUAUCUCGCGGUACAGACACACUCCGACAUCGCCGAUCGAGCGCCGAUCUCAGCGACACUAGCCUAGAGGAGGAAUUCUCACUGCGGACAAACUCCUCAAAGGGAGGUGGAGCCUUCGAUGCAGCUCUUCAUCCGUCAGAGGACCUGGACAGGCUAGCUCGUUGGGAAGCCAAGAGCACUCACCUUCUACCGCACCUCCGAGCCCUCAGUCUCAGCUGCCUCAGUGCCGAAGGAGCACGGAAUCUUGUGCUCACCAUGCACUACCUCCCCAAGCUCCAGAGCUUGACCUUGGAUUUCGCAUUUGUCGAUGACGCGCUACUAAGUGCAGUGGCGGCGUCUUGCCGAGCGCUGCAACAAUUGACUCUGCGGAGCACUGGUACCAAGGCCACAGAUGACGGAAUCAUCGCGCUCAUGAAAGAGUGCGACGAGCUCCGCUCGUUGAACCUGAGCGAGGUACAAGGCCGUUUCAGUCGAAGACUGUGGACUCGUUGUAGCGCGCUUCCCUCUGUUCUAGACACGUUCGAAAUUUCAGUCAACGAGGUCGCAUCUCAUCACUCUUGGGCGAGUGACCAUCUCGACACCGCCUUUAGCCUACUACAUCAAAGCCCGUUCGGUUUGCGCAACUUUGCCAUUCGUCGAAUCGUACCAUCAGAGGCUCUCGUAGCUGUUGCGUCGGAUCACGGGCUCGGAGCGCCAAUGGUCAUGGAAGCAAGCUCUCCAGGCAGCCUCGUACGGUCUUGCCACCCAAUGGUCCUUCCAAGAGCUCUGCCUACUGGUGCAAUGACUUCACUGAUCACGCAUGGUGCCUCGCUUCAGAAGCUCGAGCUCGACUUCUUCAUUUUGUCCAUCGGCGAGCUUCAAGCCUUGCUACACGUAUGCCACAAUCUGGAGCUGCUCAAAGUGCUUGUCGAUGCGCCCAUGGAGAAACUGUUGUCGGUCUCUUCGGCGUUCGUGCCCCUCACGCGCCUGCACACAUUUGCUUUCACCCUAGCGCUGCCCCAUUGCUUCUCUACCAAGGGCUUUGCACCAAGUGCAGGUUAUCAACAGGGAUCAAACGGCGGGCCAGGGUGUGCAGGAAACACCAGCCCAUCGCUUCCGAAGUUCGUCUCACAAGCCAGCUGGAGUCGCGAGGGAGGCAGCCCUGACCUCGGCGGCGCUUUCGAAUGCCCCUCGUGUCCUGAUGGUCAAGAAGCAGCACACACUGGGAUAGGCAGGGGCAGCUCAGUGGCGAUGUCGCCGUCCAGUGGGCGUCUUCCCCAGCCGCUGCCCCCUUUGGCAGCAGAUCUCUUGCUGCCGCCCAAGCGCGACAUCCGCAAAUUUGCGAGGCGAUGCCAGAGCCUCAAGGUGAUGAGGUGGACGGGAAGACACGGUAAAGGCGAAUGGCGCAUUUCUGGCACAUCUGCGCAGAAUAUCGACUUCUUUCCAGCGGUCCAUUUGUCGAUACCUACGGGUCGACUGGAAGACACGAUGCUCGAGCGGGCGGCAGAAGCAAAGGAUCACGUAGCUGCAGAGAGCGCUUCUGCACAUGUAAUAGAGGAUCUUUGUGGGGGUUUGCUCGGGCUAUCUGUCGAUGGACAGCCUGUGGAGGACUUGAGUGGCGAUCGCGUUCAUCACAAUCUCGCGCCGGAGCAGCAGCCACUUGCCCCCAAGGCUCUACGUGCGCCCCGCUCGAGCCCAGCAAAGAGCAGAUCAUCCGCCACGCCCUCCGACGCCGCGCCGCGGCCUCCAGCCGCAACGACGAAGGCACGAUCGAACACUCUCGCGAUUGCAAUUCCCAAUCAAAAGACGACGAGUACCCCUGCAGCCAGCUUGAUCAGACCAUCAGGCAGUCUCAACGCUGACCUCGUGAGGGCUGCAGUGCCAGCGCAGCCCGUUGGACGCUCGCCCCAGUCGGCCUCGAGCUCAUCGUCACCGACAAGGACGUGGAGCGCAGUGGCGGCUGCUGCUCCGCCAAAGACCCCCUCUACGUCCCCUGUCGUGCAAAAAGCUGUAGCCCUUCCUGCAGGGUCUGCAGGAGCUCAGUUGCCCGAGCGGCCAUUCACGCCAGUGGGCAGAACCCGUCCAGUCCAGCCAACAGGACUUCCUCGAGCCGUGUUGGAGCACCUCCCUCGCAUGCGCCCGAAUGCUGUAGCAACAUCCAACGAUGGCAGUGCUCACGCACGUCGUGCCUCUGCCCGUGAUCCGAGUGUAGAGAGGGUAGAGCGAAGAAAGAAAAGCCUCAAAGAGGAGCUCGACGCUGCCUCCAUGGCAAAAGCACCCACCGGCAGAAUUCGCAAGACUAAAGGUCUGAAGAGGCCCAAUCAGCGCGGCGCUGCAUCUGGCGCCAACAGCCAGAAUCGAACAAAAUGAAUUAGCCAACUGACACCGACGAGAUUCUUCUCACAGUGGGGGACAUUUCUCUGGCAGCACGAGUGUUCCCCAAGCCACUUUUGAAAGCGGUCAAGCGAUAGGCCUGCAACUUUCAUCAUGUAGAGUCAGACGACACACAGAAAUGC